CAUUCACAGAUCAAUUUCAAUCUCUUCUCAAUUUCCCUCUCUGAAAUCCAUAAACUAUCUAGAUCUCUAAUUUCUAAUACCAAUGGCUCGUACCAAGCAAACCGCUAGGAAAUCAACUGGAGGAAAGGCACCAAGGAAGCAGUUAGCAACCAAAGCUGCUAGGAAAUCUGCACCAGCAACCGGAGGAGUCAAGAAACCCCACAGAUUCAGGCCAGGAACUGUUGCUCUAAGAGAAAUCAGGAAGUACCAGAAGAGUACUGAGCUUUUGAUCCGUAAACUUCCGUUUCAGCGUCUGGUUCGUGAAAUUGCUCAGGAUUUCAAAACUGAUCUGAGAUUCCAGAGUUCUGCAGUUGCAGCCCUUCAAGAAGCAGCUGAAGCUUACCUCGUUGGACUAUUCGAAGACACCAAUCUUUGUGCAAUUCAUGCUAAGAGGGUUACCAUCAUGCCUAAGGAUAUUCAACUUGCUCGUAGAAUCAGAGGUGAGCGUGCUUAAAGGAGAUUAAGAAGGUUUUUCAACUUCUUACUGGGUUUGUGUAAAUGUUUUGGGGGUUUCUAUGGCAGUAUGAAAUGUGGGUUUGUUGUUUUAAAAGUCUUAUCAGUCUCUUUAUUUAUGUUCCCUGUGUAGUUUCAGAUCUGAUGAAAUGAAAAAAAUUAGUUAAUGGUAUUUUCUAUCUUGAAA